GAUAUUUACAACUUUUUUUACUUAGUUUCUGAAAAGUUUUCUGCAUACCAAAGAAUUAAAGCAUCUUUUUACUAAUUAUUGAGCUUAUCAAAAUAAGCACAUUUAUUUUCUUAUAAUAUGUAAUCAAUUUCAUAAAAGCAUUCACUAAAUCUUCCCAUUGAUAAAUAGUAUCGAGGAUUGUCUCUACCAUAUUUCUUAAGAUAAAAGUAAAUAGAUAUUGUUAGUAAAGCAUUACAAAAAUGAAUAGCAUUAUGAUUUCCUGUUUCAUAAUCUUCACAAAAUAAAUACCAUAAUAAAAUUGGAUAACCACUUCCAAUUCCGUGAAAAAGAUUAACUAAAGCAGCCAUUUAUCCUCUAUUAUUCCUAGGAAUUAUUUCUAUUGUUAACAAUUAACUAUAUUAAGCACAUAUUCCAUGCAUGAAUCCUUAAAAUAAGAAUACAAAUAUAAUUAUAAAGUAUUUUUCAGCAAUCGAAGCAGAUAAUUAAGCUAAUGUCAAUACUAAUAAGGAAUAUUUUAUAAUUUUUAUUCUACCCAAAGUAUUAUUAAAUCUCAUUACAAAAAUUCCUGCCAAAGCACUACCUAUUCUAUGGACAACAGCCAUGAAAAUUACUUUAUUCAUUGUGAUAUCUAAUUCUUAUUUAUAUAAUUUUAAAAGUAAACUAAGCAACAAUGCUAAAUUUCCAAAAUUACAAGAGAGAGCACAACUAUUUGCAAAUGUCUGCAGUUAAUAUCUUCCAAAACCUAUAAAUUAAUCCAAAAUAUAGUCAAAAGAAUAGCUUUACAUCAAAAAACGAAUUAAAUUAUUAAAUAAAUAUAUAUAAAUCCUGGCUCAUUUUCUUAUAAUAUGUACUAAGACAUACAAAAUUUAUUAACGUUAACUAUAUUUUUCACAUAUUUUUAUAUCUUUAUUAUCGGUAUUGAUAAAAUUUCAAAAUAAAAUUCUAAAUUUCCAAGCUUAAAUAAUGGUUUUUAAUUUGAUGAUAUAUUUCUACACAUCUCUAUAUUUAUUUAUACAUUGAAAAGCUUAAUAAGUACUAUUCAAAAAUAAAUAAAUUACUAAUUCGACAGAGAAUAGCAUCUUUAAUUUAGAGUAAAAUAUUUAAGCUGA